UUCCUGUUCCUUGCUGCUUCCGUCCUCUCCUUGUGACCCGUCCCCUUUCUAAGUGGUUGAGAUUCCCCAGCCCACCAGUAGUGACGGAGCCUGCCCUUGUUCCUUCCCACUGCAAAGGCCAACUAUCCUCAAUGAGAAGAGGGUCAAGUCAAGUCCUCCAGAGAGCAGAGGGUUGAGGGGCACAGAGCCAACGCCCUAAUCCCAUUUUCUACCCACCCACCCCUCACUCCAACCGCACAUACUCACACACUCGAUGCGGGACCAAGAUGGGAAACGGAGCAGAAGAAGAUUAUAACUUUGUUUUCAAGGUGGUGCUGAUAGGGGAAUCUGGAGUGGGAAAGACCAACCUGUUGUCAAGAUUCACAAGAAAUGAGUUUAGCCAUGACAGUCGGACAACCAUCGGGGUGGAAUUUUCUACUCGAACUGUGCUGCUAGGAACAGCUGCUGUCAAAGCCCAAAUCUGGGACACAGCUGGGCUGGAACGAUACCGUGCCAUCACUUCAGCGUAUUACAGAGGGGCAGUUGGGGCCCUGCUGGUAUUUGACCUAACCAAACACCAGACCUACGCUGUGGUGGAGCGCUGGCUGAAGGAGCUCUAUGACCAUGCAGAGGCUACCAUCGUGGUCAUGCUAGUAGGCAAUAAGAGUGACCUGAGCCACGCCAGAGAGGUGCCCACGGAUGAGGCUCGCAUGUUUGCUGAAAAUAAUGGACUUCUGUUUCUUGAAACCUCAGCUCUUGACUCCACUAAUGUUGAGCUGGCCUUCGAAACUGUCCUUAAAGAGAUCUUCACCAAGGUGUCCAAGCAGCGGCAGAACAAUGCCCGUGCCAAUGCGAUCACUCUGGGCAGUGCCCAGCCUGGCCAAGAGCUGGGAUCUGAGGAGAAGAAGGCUUGCUGUAUCAGCCUCUGAAGACAGCCAGUGAUCUGAGUACCAUGUCCUGAAGCUUCUUUUGUUUGACCUGAAUUUCUUAUCAUACUCUCCCUGUGAGUCUCGGCCCUACAAGAUGAGGGGGGGACCCAAGAGUCUAGAAAGGCAUUCUUGGUCUGUGACUGACCACUUUCUUGGACUGUUAGGGGAGUUUCUAUAACCUAAUUUCACACCCCUUCCCUAUUAUUUCUGUAUGUCCCCCUCCUCUACACAAGAUUAACUAGCUUCUGGGAUAUUUCUGUGCCCUUUGAAAAGGUCAGCUGGCCAUAAGCACUUUGCUCUCAUUUACCCAGGAAUCCAGGAUUCUGUUGCCUGCUUUUUUUUUUGCUGUGUUCCCUUGAGCCCCUCCAGCAGUGCCCCACUCCCACAAGAUCCAACCAAUAAAACUGUUUUGUAACAAGGGC